AUGAAAUUAGUUGCCGUGCCGAUCUGUCUCGUAUUAGGCUUCAUCAGUGCCUUGUUUGCACUGGAUAGCGCAUUAUGCAUCAAAGGCUGUCAAAGUGUUUGCAUCAUGUCCGUACCUGCUAAUAUGGUGUCACUCAUUCUCAGCUCUGCUACACUUGUGCCUGUUGCCACUUGUCUAAUUUCUGCGUGGUUGAACGCACGUGAUCAAAGUCAUAACGAACAUAAGUAUCUUUUUAAAGAUAAUACAAGAAAACGUCAAGUGGUGACGUAUUUAUAUGCUAGUCAUCUACUUUCGUCUUGGGGAGAUCGAAUGUGGGCAUUCGCGGUGCCUAUCGUGCUUAUGGAUAUCUUUGUUGACACACUUCUACCCAGCGCAGUCUUUUCAUUAGCCACGAACGUUGUUUGUAUCCUUACAAUUCCAAUGGUAGGACACUAUUUGGAUAAAUGGAACCGUUGGACCAUUGUGAAGUAUGCUAUCGUUCUCGAAAACGUGAUGGUUGUGUUUAAUGCCAUCAUUUUAGGUUUAAUCUUGUAUUUCACAAAUGCAGAUGGCGUGCACAGGCCGGAGUGGACGUGGACUUUAGCAAUGAUGUUUUUAGGUACUUUAAUAUGUGGAAGUUUGGGUCAAGUGCUAAACGACGUACAAACUUUAUGUAUUGAACGUGAUUGGGUCGUUGUGAUUGCGGGACCCAACAAUUCAACUGCUCUUGCAAAUUUAAAUACGUUCAUGCGUCGUAUUGAUUUAAGCUGUAGCAUUCUUGGACCGAUGGCGUUUGGAUUAAUUGUGGAUUUCGCAGGUGGCGAUCCAACUACUCGUGCGAUGGUUGGAGCUGCAGUCGUGGGACUUUGGAAUAUAAUCUCCACUCCGUUAGAGUAUUGUAUGACACACGAUAUCUACCAUCUCGUACCAGCACUCGCUGUUCGUGCAUCUAUUAAUGAAAAUAUGAGUAAGGAGCAAACCGAUUCGACGAGAACUCGAUACUUAAGCUUGUGGUCCAACUUUGUGAAGCACCCUGUCUUUCUCAUCAGUUUUUCGUAUUGUGCUCUAUACAUGACAAUCUUAAGUGGUGGUGCAUUGAAUACUGCCUACCUUAAGUGGCGUGGCGUGUCUAAUUCACUCUUAGGUAUAAGUCGUGGUGCUGGGGCCAUCACUGGACUUGUGGGCACGAUAAUCUUUUCCUAUUUACAAACUCAUUUCAAACGAGUACAACACAUUGCUAUUCUGAGUGUAUGGCUCUUUUGGUUGUGCUUAACUCCAAUUCCACUGAUUUUUAUUCUCGCGAAGGAAUCUAUUACGUCUGACUAUGUGAUGCUCAUUUGCGUGGUAAUUUCACGUGCUUGGCUUUGGUGCACCGAUUUGGCAGAGACUCAAAUUAUGCAAGAGUGGAUUGCACCAGACCAGCGAGGAGCGAUCAACGCAAUGCAGACAGCAUUGAGUCAAUUUUUUUAUAUUCUCAUUCAGUUCUCAGGCAUCAUUUUUCAUGAUCCACAUCAAUUUGAAGCUUUAGUCUUUUUCUCACUGACUGCUGUACUUGCUUCAGCUCUGGGCUUUACCUACUGGGGGGUCAAGUAUGGCCGAUUCGACAAUAAUAGCUUUACAACGUUAAAUCAAAUGCGUCGUUCCGCUCGUCUCGCGUCGCAUUGCAUCAAAUCUGAGAGAACCACCUUCACUUCACACACUGCGAAAUCGAAUGUCAUCUCAACCACUCAAGAGCUUUCGUGUGCACUUACACUAGAAUCAGGUCAAGUUUUCUCUUGGCGAAGGCAUACACAAGAGAUGAAGUCGUGGAAGGGAGUCAUUGGGCGUCGAGUGUUUGCACUACGGGAAUAUCAGGGAAUGGUUCAGUUUCGAUGUCUUUAUCCAUUAAAAUUAUCGUACCAAGAAGGAUAUGAUGAACUAUCCUAUUACUUUCGGCUGGAUAUGUCAGCUGAUUUACUCUACGAGCGCUGGACCGAAACAAAAGACCAAAUGUCUGACAUCAUAAAGAGAUUACGAGGCUUGAGGAUUGUGCGACAGGACCCUGUCGAGUGUUUAUUCUCCUUCAUUUGCUCUUCGAACAACAAUAUCGCACGAAUUCAAGGAAUGGUGGACAAGCUUAAAGCAACGUACGGAGAUUUGAUUUAUAACACAGAGAACAGUGUGGAAAAUGACAAGAACAAGUUGUUUUAUGCUUUCCCAUCGGUUGAAACUCUUGCGAGAAAAUGUGACGAGGAAACAUUGCGAGCUUUGGGUUUUGGUUAUCGUGCGGCUUUCAUUGUUAAAACUGCGAAACAGCUUCAGAAACUUGGAGGGGCUUCGUAUCUUAAUAGCAUUCGAGAUGACAAGACUGGUGCAUAUCAAGAAAAACUGAUGGUGUUCACUGGCGUUGGACGUAAAGUCGCCGACUGCGUUGCGCUCUUUUCCUUGGAGAAGCUGGAGGCAAUUCCUGUUGAUACACACGUGUGGCAAAUUGCAUGUCGUGAACUAGAUCCGACUUUAAAUGAUCGGAAAAGUAUCACACCGAGUGUCUACCGCUUAGUGGGUGACUUGUUUCGGGCUCGUUUUGCCCCUCAAGCUGGCUGGGCCCAUAGCGUACUGUUUGCUGGUGAUCUCUCAGCUUUUAAGCUUAAAACUUCAGAUGAGAGAAAUCAAAUGGAAAAGAAGCGGAAAAGCACAAAGAGGAAAUUGAGUAGUAAGCGCUAA